AUGCUGCCCAUUCAAAGGCUCGUUCUUGUUAUUCUAAUUUUGAGUGGUUGUCUUACAGCUGUGUUUGGUGGUUUCAAUGUUGACCGUAAUCUUACCGAUUUUAGGCGGCAUCGCGAGAAAAGAGGUUUGAUAUUUGAAAAUGGAGGUGCCAUUAAGCUUGUAAUUGGUCCCAUUAUGCCCGUUCAGCUGGGAGAUCCCAUUGUUUGGCGAUCCCUUAUCUGUUUAUAUAAUAUACAUGUGGGCGAUUAUAAGAUGCCAAGUACCCCAAUUUAUCCGUGGGAUAAAUGGGAGAAUAUAUAUGCCAGAUCGAAGGCAUUUAAUGGCAAAUUAGAACCGGACUAUUCAAGAGAGUUAUUGUACGCGGCUCUGGAAGGUUUUAUGAAUAGACCGCAUGGCCAUGGUAGGGAAUGUCUUUUACGGUCGAUUUGUGAAAAUGCUCAAAUUGAUCAACAUAUGGAUUUUUUUGGUGAAAUAUUAAAUGUGAUAUUGACACCCGGUAAAGAAGACUUAGAUGAAGAUUAUCGCAGUGCCUAUGAGAUGGGUCGAAAUGGUGUUAAUUGCCUAAAGUAUUAUAUAAAUUGUCCCAAAGGAGCAAAUAUUUUUGAUCAGUUUAUUCAUGAGAGUUAA